CUUGAGGACACCAUCGAAAUCCCGGCUACGAUUUGGAUAUGCACCAGCGCAAUUGAAUUAAUGGACGGCCCGAGAUGUUUUAUCAUGCGGACCCUGAGUGGGCUGAUGGUGCUUCAAGUACGAAUACCUAAACUCCCUCCAUCAAGCACUCAUUCUCCCACGAGUCCUCGUACGGUCAUUCCUAAUGCUGAGAGCUUGGUUCAAAAAUGUCAAUCGCUCCGUGUUGCUUCCAAGGAUUCACGUGGGAUGGGACCCCUCGAGGGCGAAUCGAGAGACUCGCAGACAACGACACAUAUGUCACUGGCGACAAUCCUGUCGCGGCGAUACUCAUCGUCCACGACCUCUUGGGCUGGACUUUUCCCAAUGUGAGGCUCUUGGCCGACCACUACGCCCAUGAAGCGGACGUCACGGUCUUUGUGCCGGACUUCUUCAAUGGCGAAGUGAUGGACUUUGACACGGUCAACAAAGAGCAAUGGCACAAGUUGGACAUGCAGGGUUUCAUGACGAGGCACGGUCGUCAAGCUCGUGAGGCGGAGAUUUUCGAGUGUGCUCGAACCCUUCGUUCGCGCUACAAGAAAUUAGGGGCCAUCGGCUUCUGCUACGGAGGGUGGGCCGUUCAUCGGCUGGGUGCGAAGCAACAUCAGCCACCCCUGGUGGACUGCAUCACGGCCGGACACCCUAGCUUGUUGACCAAACAGGACAUUGACGCGGUGGCCGUGCCCGUCCAGAUUCUGGCUCCUGAACACGAUCCUGUCUACACUCCGGAGCUGAAGAUGCACAGUUUUGUGACGAUGCAGAAGAGCGGAGUAGCAUUUGACUAUCAACACUUCCCCGGAGUUGGCCACGCUUGUCUUGUCCGUGGAGAUCCGGAGAAGCCGGGAGAAUGUGAUGCUAUGGUCAGAGGGAAGAAUGCUGCUGUUUCUUGGUUCCGACAAUUCUUGCAUGGGGCAUGA